AUGGCUGGUUUGGUGAGACCAAGAUCACAAGAAGUGGUUUUCAAUAUCCUAAAUAAUGUCCAACUUUAUAACAUUGUUGCAGACAACAAUAUUCCUCAUCAUCACACCUUUGUUGCUUUUGCAUUAUUUUUACUCCUUGGUUUCCUCCAACUAAAACACCCUCAAAACCCUACUCCAUUUCAAAUCCAUCCUAACAUCACUUUUGUAUCCAUUGCUAGCUCUCUUGCCUAUUGCUUUCUCUUUUGGGUUAGGCUCAAGUUUGCUAUACAUGUUAAUACUCUUAUGGAAGUCUUCGGUUCGCUCUCAUUGAUUUCUAUGGUGUUAUUGUUUCUACCAAGUAAAACUCCUUGGGGAGAGUUAUUGAAAUACAUUACCUACACAAUAUGGUUUAUUAUUCAUGUUGUAGCAUUUAUUAUCAAAGCCCUAUUUGGUGAGCAUAUGAGGAGGAAGAGGGUGGUGUCUCCACUUUUUCCAUAUUAA